AUAGCUCGUUAAAUUCAAGUUUAUCCCUACACUCCAAAUAAAUAAAGUUUUUUUUUCUGUCCAAUUUUCAAUGAGACGUCUAAAAUAUGUGGUGAUUAACUAAACAACAACUUUUUCGUAUGAUUUAGCUCGAUCGAUCAUCAAUCGAGCUGUUUUCUCUCAUGUAUAAUUCAUCUUCCUAGUUCCUACCACAACAACCAAAACUUUCUCCAUCACGUUCACGCUGCCUGUUGUUAUGGUCAUCUUCUAUAACAUGCUCCCUACCACAAGCAAAGCAUGGUAACCCCCCAACUUUUCUCCGGGACUUGGAAACCAAACUUCUUUCUUUCUUUAUUUUCCGCAAGGUUGGAAUGGAACUUUCACGUUGUUUAGGGUGACAGGUAACCAAAUGCCUUUAAGAUUAACCAAUUAAUUGCCUUAUUAAUCAAACCCCAAAACCCACAUUGUUCAUUCAUCAUCACCCCAAAGUCUCUACUUCCCUUCAACAUCAUCAUUAUAAUGUGAUCUACUAACCUCCCUUUUCCUUUUGUUUAUAUCAAUCUAAAUUUGCGCCUAAACUUGUUCUCCUCUACUGACUCCCAUCUUCCACCAUCACCAAUUUUCACGUUCACAAGCUGAUGCUUUAAGCUUUGGAUCUCAACCUACUCUAUUUUUCUUCAUUCGGUUUCUGAGUCCCUAUUAGGGAUAGCAAUCAAACCUAUGCCACAGGUAUCCAACCGCCUCCGACUCAGUCAACGCGGGGAAUCUCCACAUCAUUGACCGGGUAUGGGUAAAACCGUAAAAAGUUUGAUGGGCAUGGGACGGGUAUGGUUUUAGCCUCACCGUCCUAUACCCAUACCCAUACCCGCGCACAAAAAAUAUUUAUUCAUAUAUGAAAAAUAUAUGAAUCAAUUUGUAACCUAUAAAUAAUAAUGAGUAUAACUCAAGAAAAAUAUAUAAUAAAAAUGCAAAUGUGCGUGUGCAACUGUGAGAAUGAUCAGUGUGAAACCCCGGCCCAUGUAGAAUUGGGCUCUAUACUCCAGGCCCAAAGUAGCCAGAUUCAAUUGGACGACCGGACCACAGGCCCAAAUCUGCCAAAUCGCAGUCCAUUGGCGAAGAGGUUACAUCAAUGAUCAAACCCAAUAAAACGCCUGGUCGAGUCCUGCUCCUGCCGUUAUAGAAACCUCACGGCUUCGUCUGCAGCAGCCGGCUACCGACGGCUAAAGGAACAGCUUCCACCGUAAAACAACGCAGCUAGGAGACAAUGUUAAGCACCAAGGAAGACGGAGAACGGAAUCGACCUGCUAAAGCCAAUAUCCCUCCUCAUAUUUCACACCACCUCACCUAGUUCGAUCCCAUUUUUUACUGCACACUGCCUGAAUACUACGUUAUAAUCCAGGCUGUUUCCUUGCGAAACAUCUACAAAUACCCAUCACCACAAAACCUUCUCUACUUUAUCACCUCGCAAACUGAGAAACAAAGCCAUCGAAGCUAACUACUACUAGCAACUCGCGAAGAAAACAUGGGUCAUCACGACGAAAUCCACCAUGACGAUCACCACCACCACCAACACCAUGAACACCACCACAAUGGUCACCAUCACCAUCAUGAUCACCACCACGAAGCUCCUCCUCCUGCAAUGUAUCCACCACCGAGCCACCAUGCAUACCCACCUCCUCCGGGUCCAGAAUACCCGCCGAUGGGGAAUGCUUACCCACCACCGCAAUACACUCCUUACCCGCCCCCGCCACCGCCACAGCCUGCACCCUGUUAUGGUCACGAUCCACACGCUGCUGCACCGCCACCGGCUGGUUACCCGGUCAUGGUUGAGCAGCAUGGGCACCAGCACCAGCCUGUUGCUGCAGGCACUCAGAGCAAGGGAGAUGGCUUCUGGAAAGGAUGUGCUGCUGCGCUAUGCUGCUGCUUCGCUUUCGAAGUCUGCUGCGACUAAACAACACUUUGCAAGCCGAAUGCAACUCCGACUACCAUUCAAUGUCAGCUAUUCUAUUGUUCAAUGAAAAGCACAUGAUACA